UCUUUCCUCCUGCCUCUCAGUUGGUCCUGUUCACCGCCGCCGCUUUCAUUCUGCCUGAGACAGUUUUCCCGCAGGUUUCCCUCAGUGGAUAAACCGUGCUUCGAAUCUUUUCGUCCUGUUUAUGAAUUUUCUGGAUUACACCGAGGGACUCUACAAGGCAGUGAUGCACAGCUGAGGUGUUGCUGUCCCGUGGGAGCGUUUGGUUUGAUGUGGGGACAGUCCGUCUUUACUGUCGCACCAUGGCGAAGACCUUUCCACUUCUUUCUCUCAUCGGCUUUAUUUCUGGAGUCUGCUGGGUGACAGCGAGGGAGCACAGGUUUGUACCUGACCCUCCGGUGCUGAACAUUACAGACAAGACGUACAAAAUCAACACAUCUGAUACGCUGGAGAUUACCUGCAGAGGACGUCAGAUUUUGGAAUGGUAUACUCCUUACAACCGGAGCGGCUCUGAAAGCAGGAUUGUAACGACAGACUGUAGUGGAGAUGGACUGUUCUGUAGCACCAUCACACUCACUAAGGCAAUGGGAAAUGAGACCGGAGAGUAUCGCUGUUACUACAGAAACCUGUCUAUGGAGGAAGGGAAGACCUCUGUGUCAGUGUACGUCUUUGUGCAAGACUACCGCAUGCCUUUUCUCCGGUUAACACAAGAAUUUGACGUGGUGUUCAUUCGAGAAGAAGAGCAAGUGGUCAUUCCCUGCCUGGGCUCCAUGGAGGACCUCAACGUCACUCUGUACAUGAAAUAUCCAAUGAAGGAAGUAGUACCUGAUGGAAAGGACGUGUUCUGGGACAGCAGAAGAGGUUUCGUGCUCCCGAGUCAUGUGAUUAGCUACGCCGGUGUAGGCUACUGCCAAACUCACAUCCAGAAUGAAACCUUCCAGUCCAUGGCCUACGUUCUGGCUGUCAUAGGAACUAAAAUCUAUGACCUUAGAGUGAAUCCUGUGCAAGAGAAGCGGGCGGUUGGGGAGAAGGUGGAGUUCAACUGCACUGCAGUCACAGAACUUAAUGUCGCCCUGGACUUCCAGUGGACUUUCCCUCAGGACAAGAGAAAUCCCAACCAAGCCACACGAAGACCUUAUGAGACUAAGCCCCACAAAAGGAAGUUGUUUGACUCCCUGGAACUGACAAACACACUGAUUUUGGAGAAUGUGACAAUCAAUGACACGGGGGAGUAUGUGUGCACAGCGUCCAGCAGUAAGAUGGUCAAAAGUAGCCAUACAACCCUUAUAGUUUUUGAAAAGCCUUUCCUAGUGCUCCAUGAUCAGUCAUUUCAAACUCUGGAUGUAAAAAAAGGUCAACGAGAAACAAAAAUCCCUGUUAAAUACUAUGCUUAUCCAGAACCUAAUGCAAAGUGGUUGAAAAAUGGCCGAUCCAUCACCAGUGAAGAAUACAGGAUAAAACCAUCCAGAGAUUCUCUCACUAUAUAUGAAGUCACAGAAAAAGAUGCUGGGAAUUACACUGUGGUCAUGACUAAUAAAAUCACCCGAGAAGUGCACAGCCGCACAUUUCAGCUACUGGUCAAUGCUCAUCCUAAGAUCUUUGAGAAGGAGGUGCCCAUCGAUCGAAAUGUUCACAUGUAUGGCAGCAGCCCCACUCUCACCUGCACUGGUUUUGGUGGCUCCAGUCCUGUCUCUAUCCACUGGCAGUGGAUGCCCAUUGAGGACUGUCCAACUAAAUAUCAACCCAGGUCAGAUCACAGUGCGAAGUGUGAAGAGAAAUGGAGGGAAAUUGCGAACAACACAGGGAAAAACCACAUUGGGCAGCCCACCAGCUUCAUCGACAGCUCACUUAAGACUAUCAGCACGCUGAAGAUCCAGAAAGCUGUGGCUCAUGCACUGUUUCGAUGCAUUGCCUCCAACAAAGUCGGAGUGGAGGAAAGAGUCAUUAUACUUCAGGUGGCACGUUUCCUCAACCUGAGUGUGUUCCCCUCCAGUAUCCCCAUUGAGGAGGAGGAUGUGCUGCUGCGCUGUGUAGCUGACCGCAUGCUGUACUCCAGCCUGAGCUGGUAUCGGGUGCUGAACGUGUCCAACCCGACUGAACUGCUUACCACCGUGCCUUGUGCCAGUCUCACUCUGUCUCCUCUCAGCCAGCCCAACGCCACUGUCUCAGGCCAGCAGGGUCCUAACGUCACCCUGGACCUGUCUUUACCCAGGGUGAACUGGCAAGACGAGGGCUGGUACGCCUGCCGCAUGGAGAAUGCUGACAACAGUGAGAGAACAUGUCUGCUACACAACCUGCGUCUCCGAGCUCUGGAAGCGCCCUCGAUUGUGAACAACUUGAGUGACCAGAGGGUGAAUGUGAGCGAUUCCACCAUGCUGGUGUGUGAAGCAAGGGGCACACCGACCCCCGACAUUACCUGGACCAAAGACAACCAGACUGUCGUUAAAGGAUCUGGUGUCAUUCUGGCUCAAUCAAAUCGCCUUCUGACCAUCCAGAGAGUAAAGAAAGAGGACAGUGGUCUGUACACAUGCACAGCCUGCAACAAACAGGGCUGUACCUCCGUCCAGUCCCAGCUUACAGUGGAGGGAGCAGAGGAGAAGAUGAACGUGGAGCUGAUUGUGCCGAUUGGUGCUGUGGUUAUCGCCAUGUUCUUCUGGCUGCUCAUUGUGUUUGUCAUACGCAAUAGAAAGCGGCCCACUGACAGAGAUAUGAAGACGGGCUACCUUUCAAUCAUCUUAGAUGCAGAAGACAUGCCAAUGGAUGAACACUGUGAGAGACUCACUUAUGAUGCCAGCAAGUGGGAGUUUCCCCGUGAACGUCUCAAACUAGGUGACCCACUGGGACGAGGAGCAUUUGGUCAGGUUCUGGAGGCAGCAGCAUUCGGCAUUGAAAAGGCCACCACCUGUACGACUGUAGCCGUGAAGAUGCUAAAGGAGGGUGCUACCUCCAGUGAGUACCAUGCCUUGAUGUCCGAGCUGAAGAUUCUUAUCCAUAUUGGUCAUCAUCUCAAUGUGGUUAAUUUGCUAGGUGCCUGCACAAAACCUGGUGGUCCGCUGAUGGUAAUAGUGGAAUACUGUAAGCAUGGUAACCUCUCCAGUUAUCUGAAGAGUAAGCGUGGAGAAUACAGCCCCUUCAAGAAGCGUAGGCCUCAGCUGAUGCAGGAUCGAGCUGGUGGAAUGGAGGAGGAACUGAAAGAAGGGGAUCUAGGGAUGGGCACUACCGCUCGAUUGGACAUCUGUACUGGCACUGCCAUCUGUUCUGGACUGAGAAGGGAGGGGAGCGCCAAUGCUCAGCUGGAUAAACAAGAAAGCUCAGACUGGGAUCAACUGACUAUGGAGGAUCUCAUCAGCUACAGCUUCCAAGUGGCCAAGGGAAUGGAGUUCCUCUCCUCUCGAAAGUGCAUUCACAGGGAUUUGGCAGCUAGGAACAUUCUUCUUUCCGAGAAUAACAUUGUGAAGAUCUGUGACUUCGGCCUGGCCAGAGACGUGUACAAAGACCCGGAUUAUGUCCGCAAAGGAGAUGCACGUCUCCCUCUGAAGUGGAUGGCUCCAGAAACAAUCUUCGACCGUGUGUAUACAACACAGAGUGAUGUGUGGUCCUUUGGAGUACUACUCUGGGAGAUCUUCUCUUUGGGUGCAUCUCCAUAUCCAGGAGUGAAUAUUGACGAGUCGUUCUGCAGGAGGCUGAAAGAUGGUUCCAGGAUGAGAUCACCUGACUACGCCACCCCUGAGAUCUAUCAGACCAUGUUGGACUGCUGGAUUGAUAAUCCAAAGAACAGACCCACUUUCACAGAACUAGUGGAACAUCUGGGCAACUUGCUACUGGCCAGCGCUCAGCAGGAUGGUAAAGACUAUAUUCCACUGACAAUGGGGGACGUGGAGGGGGGAUCAGGAGUCCCUCAGCUCAGAGUGACGGCAUAUAGCAACGCCCCAAGAGCAAAAAGUAUAGAGACUCAGCUCAACUAUGAUAAUGCUCCAACAGUGGGAUAUGCACAGCAUAAAUUUGAGGACGUUCCACUGGAACAGAGCGCCAUAAUGAAUGGCCCGUUGGACUGUGAUGUGGGAUUAUCACACGAUGAGAUGAAGGCGCUCAGUCAUCAGGCACAGAGGUUGGCCACUUUUAGCCCCCUGAUGCGAUGUAAGAGUAAGGAAUCUGUGGCCUCGGAAUCAUCCAAUCAAACCAGCGGCUACCAGUCUGGCUAUCAUUCGGAUGACACAGAGGCUCCUGUGUAUGCCAACGAAGAGAUGAUCCUGAAGAGGGACGCUUUGAAGAAGCCGCCGUUCCCCAAGAGAAACGACAAGUUUAACACUGAGGUCCGCUAUAGCACUCCCCCUGUUUAAUAGGAACCGCUCAUAACCCAACAACUGCAUGAUUAUACAAAGUGUUGGUCCAUAUUUUCUGGUUUGUAUUUUUACUUGCCUGGAACAGCAGAUUCAUGCCAAAAAACCAGAUGAAGUUCUGCUUAUGAUAGGUUGGUGCUUAGACUCCAGGAUUCCAGGCCACGCUAUACAGCGGUGGUCUGAUCUGAGCAACCUGACAUUCUGGUGAUCGAUGGCUAUAAGGUUCUCUGUAAUGUUUAUUUAAUAUGAUUUUAGUCAGGUACAUUUAUUAAAGUCUCCUUAAAAUUAAAGUGCUGCGUGCCUCUAUGUCGAGAUUUCAGAUUAUAUCACUGAGUAUAAUAUAAAACACAUAUAGCAAUCAACAGUAUAUAACAUUCACUGUGCCUUAUCUGAUCUGAAACCUACAAUUCGUUUCUAUUUAUCUUGCAUUUGAAGCAUUCAGGGUUCUAAUUUAUCAAAAGCAUGCCUGUUUUCUUUCCUUCCUUUUUUGGAAUAAAAAAAAACAACAACAAAAUAACAAAAAAAAAAGUAAUAUAUUCUGUGGGUGCGGAUAAGCUGUAUGUGUUUGCUUUGCUGUAAAUGUGCUCGAAUUCAUUAAAAGGACACCCUUUUAUAAAAGGGUGUGCUGUGUAAACAACGAACAGCUUCAUCCGAAAAUAUAUUCCUGUUCGUUGUUUACACAGACUGCAGAGCAAGAGUAGCUGCUCAUUGGGACCACUGCCACUUCCUGUAAAAAGAAAGACACACCCACUUUUUUUUUUAGGCAUGUUCUUUUUCCUUACUUCUUGUUCUUCUUUACAUUCUGCUUUUCUUUUCUUUUCUUUUUUCCUGAAUGUACAGGUUGUUAAGUGAAGACCUUAACGUAGGUCACGCAAGAAGAAGAAUAUAUUUUAUGAAACUUUUUCUAAACAUAACUAGUUUUCUAAAAUAAACUUUUAUUAAAAAUAUUUCUACCUAA